GGACAGAGAAGACGAGCCACCGGCCCUACCUUUCCCCAUCCAGAGGCGACCGCCGAGCUGAGACAGCGGCUCACCUAGAGGGGGGCACCCCGAAGGAAAAACGUCCUCUUGCCGCCUCCUCGAUGUCUUCUCCAAGACCCUCGUACAGCAAUUUGACAAAGGGGGGUGCGACCCGGCGCAGUGGCGGCGGCAGAGACAUGAGCCGGGAUUAUACCAUCAACCUGUCGGUGCGGCAGGUUUUGGGUCUGUGGGUCCAGGGCUCGGUGCCCACUCUCCAGCACUUUGCAGAGAUGUGGUACUGGGUGUUCCUCUGGUGCCUGUUCUCCUCUCUGCUGGUCCACGGUGCGAUGGCGCUCCUGAUGCUCAUCACACUGCAGAGACACAGGAGGGGGCGCCUGAUCACCCUGCUGCUGGUCAGCGUGGGCUUCCUGGCCUCGCUCAUCGGAGGCGUCAUCACCAGUGCGGCUGUGGCCGGGGUGUACCGUGUUGCUGGGAAGGACAUGGCACCUCUCGAGGCCUUGGUAUUUGGGGCAGGACAGACAACCCUCAGCAUCCUCAUCUCCUUCUCCCGAAUCCUCGCCACGCUCUGAUUGGGCAUCUCACCCCAGCCGUGGACCUACUGACCGAGAGGGGAUGGGCUUGGCACCGCAGCAGAACCAAUGGGAGCCGGAGGGUAGAGCCAGAGAGAGGAACAGCAGCCGGCCCAUUGGCUGAGAGGGCUGACACGGUGACACUCUUGUCCUGGAAUGGGGGUGAAGGAGACAGUCUCUCCGGUGAUUGGUUGAAGGUGGUUUUGAGCAUCUGCUCCACAGCGCCCCCUGCCUCUCUCUCUGCUGAAGCGCAGUGACCCCCGUGGACUGGCACAUGUCAGCAUGCACUUCACCUGACUGGCCUACUGCCAGCGUUGUGGUCUCUUCCUGAAAGGAGGUGUAUAGCACAGAAACAGGAAGUGCUUUGAGCCACACAUUAGCCUGUGUGUUAAAGGUCCCAUAUUGUACACCUUUCCAGUGUUUUAUUUUACAUCCUAAUAAUUCAAUUUUGUGGUCUUAAGUACCAAAAACAAUCUCCAUCCAGGUUUACAUGUCCAUUCUCCAGCACCUCUCAUGAGCUUUGCCAAGAACAGGCUGUUUUAGUGACUGUAUCUUUAAGGCUCAUCGAACCUCUGUUCUGAUUGGCUGGCUGGCUGGCUCCAAUGAACUGAAUGCCAUCUGUGCUGAGCACUUGGAUUUGUUCCGGCUAUAAGGGGGGCAGUGCUGAAGCAAAUGAGUGUAUUGUUGUGAUGUCAUAAAUUCACGGAAGUCCAACCGGCUCGUUUAAAUGUAUAUUGUCUUCAUACGGAUUGUGCGGAUUUAUUUAUGGACUGUGCGUUUUGAUACUUUCACAGUGUUUUUAUAACACCUUCAACUCCUUUAUAAUCCACAGUGCAACAUCAUUUUCCACAAUAUGGGACCUCUAAGUCAUAUUUCUGCUGCGUCAGCAUUUAAUAUGUCGCUGUCUAAUGUGA